GAGGAGUCCAUGUCAUCUGGUGACAUGUGCGUGUCUGCUGCCAGGGCGGGACCCGCGGCGCGGUGGCAUCCCGCGUGCUUCGUCUGCAGCACGUGCCAAGAAAUAUUAGUCGACCUGGUCUAUUUCUGGAAGGAAGGAAGAUUGUACUGCGGGAGGCAUCACGCUGAGACCUUGAAACCGAGAUGUUCUGCUUGUGAUGAGAUAAUCCUGGCGGACGAGUGCACGGAGGCGGAGGGGCGCGCGUGGCACAUGAAACACUUCGCCUGCGCGGAGUGCUCCAAGCAGCUGGGUGGGCAGCGGUACAUCAUGCGCGAGGCGCGCCCCUACUGCCUGCCCUGCUUUGAUGGCUGCUUCGCGGAGUACUGCGACGCGUGCGGCGAGCCCGUCGGCGUGGACCAGGGACAGAUGUCGCACGAGGGACAGCACUGGCACGCCACGGAGCGCUGCUUCGCCUGCCACACCUGCCACGCCAGCCUCCUGGGUCGCCCCUUCCUGCCGCGUAAGGGAGCGAUAUUCUGUUCCAUAGCCUGCUCUAAGGGAGAACCUCCGACGCCAUCCGACUCGUCGGGACCCGGACCUCGCCCGCCGCGCGUCGCUCGACCUAGGCGGCUUCCUUCACCCAAGUCUCCCUCGCGCACGCCGCAAAGAGAGCCCUCUCCUCAUAUUGACGCUGAUUCUGAACCUAGCGGCUCAUUAGCGCCAGAGUCGCCCCCGCCCCACCCUCCGCCACCGCCUCACGCUUGUCUGAGCUUGGACCGAGCAUUAGCAGACUUAAGACUAGAGCAGUCAAUGACGGAGCGACAAAUACAACCCACCCCGACUUCAGACGUUCAGAAAGAAGAGUCCCCUAGCGACUGGAAGCCGCCGCACCCCGUCGAGGCUCAAGCAGUGGUGACCCCGGGGCACUCGUCAUCCAUGCCAGAACUAAUGUUAGUAGACGGUAAGAAAUCCCCUCGAAAGCCUAGAGGAGGCCGGACGGUUAGAUUCUGCGGAGACGACAACGAAGCGUUCGAGCCGGAUGAGCCCGUGAGGAAAGAGAAGGUCCGAGACGAGGACGCGAGCAGCUACUGCAGCACCUGCUCGUCUUCCUCUUCUUCGACGGAGUCGUACACGCUGCCGGCGCGGAGGGCGUACGGCGGAGUGCGGAUCUCCUACGUGCCGAACGACGCCGUGGCCUGCGCCAAGCGAGAGCGGCAGCGGAGGAACGGACCCCACGACAAGAACUGCAUCAUCUCGUGAUAGCAGCGACACCCCCCCAGCGACACACACCUCCGAUAUAAAGACUGAUAGUAAGGCUAUAGCCCGACCUGCCAUAGUAUUGUAAGUAGCCCCGCGUCUUCCGCGACCGCCACCGUGAACCGUCUCAACUGAGUGUUGGAUCAUUCGACAUUGCCCUGUACUUUAAAUUUAUUCUGUCGCCCUUCCAUUUUUCAUUAUAUCACAUACAUUGCAGAUUUAGUAAUUCAGCAAAUGUAAUGAGGCAACAUUUAUUCGGUAUCUGGUAAAAUGUGAUUAUAACAUUAGCUGUAAUGUAUUCGUUAGUGCGAACGCUUCUAGACAUAUCCCAUGCUUCGUAUUGAUCACAUAUCUGAGCGCACGGCUCUCAGAUAAACAAUUUACUUUUAUUUAAGUUUGAAAGUACAAAUACGUAAAGAAAAAUUGUAUUUUUUUAUAAAUAAACUUUUGUACCGAGUGUUCAUAUUGUAAAUAAUUUAGGUCUACGUGAAAACUUCAAACUAAAUUAGGUAUAUAAAAUAAGAAAUGGUUGCGAAUAAAAGUAUAAAUUUAGAUGUUUUUACAAAAGUAUGAACGUGGUUUGAGUAACCUAAUUACGUAUUAAUAA